AGCCGGGGUUUCUGGUGACGUCACGCAGGAAAGUACACAUUCUCACGGUGCUGCAUUGACCCGAAAACAACAAGACAGGACGAUUCCUAACGAAAACGGCCCAUGACAUCUUCAUAGGAGCCCCAAGUUGCGGUAUAACAAUGGAGAAACCUCCCUUCAGGCAGAGCCAGAGCUGCGGAGACUGGGAGCUGAAGGAGCGGCUGGGCAUGGGCGGCUUUGCCCAUGUUUACCUCUACCAGCAUCAUGAAACAAAUGAAAAACUAGCUGUGAAAAUGUGCCGUCUCGAGCUGACACCAAGAAAUAAGGACAGAUGGAGCAGAGAGAUCCAGAUCAUGAAGAAGUUGAACAAUAUCAAUGUUGUGACAGCCCGAGAAGUCCCGGACGAGAUGAGGCACAUAGCCUUAAACGACCUUCCGCUGCUGGCCAUGGAGUACUGCUCCAGGGGAGACCUGAGGAAGAUGCUGAGUAAACCUGAAAACUGUUGCGGAUUGAAAGAGAGCGAAGUGCUUUCCUUACUCAAUGACGUCGGAUCUGGUAUCCAGUAUCUGCAUGAAAACAAGAUCAUACACAGAGACCUGAAACCUGAAAACAUCGUGCUGCAAGAUAUUAACGGAAAGCUGGUUCACAAAAUUAUCGACUUGGGCUACGCUAAAGACUUGGACCAGGGCAGUCUGUGUACCUCCUUUGUUGGCACGCUCCAGUACCUGGCACCUGAGUUAUUUGAGAAUAAACCAUACACUGUUACUGUGGACUACUGGAGCUUUGGCACGAUGAUAUUUGAAUGCAGUUGUGGUUUCCGUCCCUUCCUGCACAACCUGCAACCUGUGCAAUGGGCCAGCAAAGUGCGGAAUAAAGGUCCCAAAGACAUCAUGGCUGUAGAGGAACUGAACGGAGAAGUCAGGUUCUCCACACAUCUCCCCUACCCCAACAACCUCAGCAGGACACUGUUGGAGCCAAUGGAAGCGCUGCUUCAGCUGAUGUUAAAGUGGGAUCCUGUCCAGAGAGGCGGCAAAGUCAACACAGACACCAAGAAGCCGCUGUGCUUUGAAGUGCUGGAGCAGAUCCUGAGUAUGAAGGUCGUCCACAUCCUGAACAUGACCACAGCGCAGGUUCACUCCUUCCAGCUGACGCCAGACGAGAGUCUCCACAGUCUGCAGAAACGCAUUGAGGCCGAGACCAAGAUCGACGUGGUGAACCAGGAGCUGCUGCAGGAGACGGGAGUGUCUCUGGACCCCAGGAAGCCCGCCGCACAGUGUGUCCUAGAAGGAGUGAGAGGCUGGGAUAGCUACAUUGUCUACCUGUUUGACAAGAGCAUCACCAAGUACUCCGGCCCCUUCAGUGCCAGACAUCUUCCUGAUAAAGUCAACACUAUUGUGCAAGAGGCCAAAACGCAGCUGCCCCUGGUGGUGCUGAAGAAGGUUUGGGGUGAAGCAGUGAGCUACAUCUGUGGCCUGAAGGAGGACUACAGCAGGCUUUUCCAGGGACAGAGAGCUGCUAUGUUGAGCCUCCUGCGCUACAACACCAACCUGACCCGAUGUAAAAACAGCAUGUUCGGCUUCUCACAGCAGCUGAAAGCCAAGCUGGACUUCUUCAAGAGCAGCAUCCAGUACGACCUGGAGAAGUACAGCGAUCAAAUGCACUAUGGCAUAUCCUCUGAAAAGAUGCUGAAGGCCUGGCAGGAGAACGAGGAACGAGCUGCUGCUUUUGCACAGGUGGCGGAGGUGAGCCAUCUGGAUGAUGAGAUCAUGGCUCUGCAUUCUGAGAUAGUGGAGCUUCAGAGGAGCCCUUACGCCCGUCGCCAAGGAGACAAGAUGGAACAGCUAGAAGAAAAGGCGAUCGAGCUCUACAAGCAACUGAAGAUGAAAUGCAAAACACCUGAACCAGAUGUGAGCAGCGACAGCUCCGAGAUGGUGAAAGCCAUCAUUCAGACAGUCCAGAACCAAGACAAGGUCCUCAAAGAUCUGUACACCCACCUCAGUAAGAUCCUGAUCAGCAAACAGAAGAUCAUUGACUUGUUUCCACGAAUUGAGAAAACUCUGGAGAGCAUCAAGGAUGCUGACAACACGGUCAUGCAGAUGCAGAUCAAGAGACAGAGAGAGUUCUGGCAUUUACUGAAGAUCGCCUGUGCUCAGAACUCGACACGGAACUCGAUAGCAGCGAGUCCGGAGUCUUCCAACCUGCUGCAGGUUUCUCAGUGGUCACAGUCGGCACAACCUGUCAGCUCCCCGCAUCCUCUCACCUCCCUACCCGGGCCAAACGACAGUGAUGCUGCUCCGCGUCUGCUGCAGGAGAACCAGAAGUACCUCAGUCAGCUGACCAGUCUGAUGCAGGAGGCGGCGGACGAUCAGGCCAAAAGCAUAGUGGACCAAGACUGGAGCUGGACGAAAUACGAAACCCUAACGACAAAAUUAAAAAAGCGAAAUGCGUAAGCGGUGUCGCGUCCUCCGUCCCUCCGCCUGUGCUCCGAGUAACACUAAGGACUGUGAAGCUGUUAACAGAGUGAGUGCAGCGGCGUAAACGUUGUACAGUUGUACAUGGACUAUGGAUAUUCUCUUUAAAAAAAAAAAAAAAAAUAAGAAAGAAAAAAAAAGAUGGCGUUUUACACACAUGCUCAGUGGUGUUUGUCCGCUCCCAUCGUCUCACAUGGUGGAAAGUUUGAGAAUAUUCUUGUUUUUUUUGUUUUUUUUUAUAAGAGAAAACAAUGAAGCUGUGUCACUCUACUUUUUCCUCUUUUGCUGCACAACAAUAAUCAUCAUAAUUCAUAAAAAGAAAACACACAAAUGAUGCUGAUUUCUACUGUUACUGCAAAAAUCAAGCAAACUGUAGCACCAGACUUUCGGAGGUUUGGAUCCAUCACAUGGGAGAAUAUCGGACAGAAACAUGGGAACUCGUUCAACCUCGUGACAUACAAGGAAAACACAGGAAGUGGUUCGGGGGGUGGGGAGGGGAAAGAGGGGAAGGAGGGGGAGGCAGAGGAGGAAAUUACAAUCAAGCAAAUAGCACUUUGAUACUCCCAUGUAUCCUUUCUGUAAAGAGUUGUUCCAGGCUGCCAGAACUGUCACAAAAUUUACAGUCAUGACGAGACAGAAACUCAUGUUCAAUUUGAUAUAUUUUACUAUAAUCAUUCUGGGGUUUAGAUUAUAUGUAAAUGUUGAUUUGAUUUUUUUUUUUUUUUAAUAAAGUGUUAUAUAUAUCAUAGACAGAAGUCUUAGUGAUGAUAUAUCAUAAUAAAUGUGACAGAAGUGGCUGGCCAUUAUGUUUAUACCAUGUUGAUACUAUGCGUCUGUCUUUUUAAUUGUCCUGUAGAUACAAUGAGGUUCUGUUGGCUCAUUUACGUGCACAUACUAUUCACUGGAUGGUUUCUGCUGCGUUCAAGUCACACGGAGAGCUGAAAUGAUUAGUCACUAAAUCAAUAGACAGUAAAUUAGUUGUUUCAGUCAAACAGUCUCUCAUUCCAGCUUCUCCAGUGUGACCAUCUGUCACUUUUCUGUGUCUGAUACGACAGGAAAUGGAAUAUUUUUGCACUUUGGAUUUCUGCUUAGAGCGAUUUUUAGAUGUCACCUUCAGCUCUGGGAAUUAUAAAAGGUGUGUGUCACUAUUUUCUGAUAUCUGCCAAAAAAAAAAGAUUCAAUUAAUCAAGAAAACAAUCAGCAAAUUAAUCAGUAAUGAAAAUAAUCAUUAGUUGCUGCCCUGAUGAAAUGAAAGUUAAUUAACAGUUUCCCAGUUGUAAAUAAUGUGACCUGCCAAGGGACUGCAAAUGAAAGAUUAUGUUUAAGCUAACUCUGCUGAAAUACAUCAAAUGUCAACAUUUAUGUUCAGUGUUGUACACGAUCCCUUAUAAACAAACAAAUAAAUACAAUAAAAUUCAUAAUUACAUCUGGGAAGUUCAGGUUUUACAGAAAAGCUCCGAUUUAUCCGACAUGAUGCUUAAACAAAAACAAACAUUAAUGUCUUCAGUCAUUUAAAGUAAUUUAACUGACAUUUCAUGCAUGUAGCGUUCAUUGUGUGUUUUAACCCUCACAUGACUCUGCAGUCAUAAACAGUCUUGAGUUGUCUGAACGCUCGUAAAUAAGACUGCCAAUGACUUUAUCAUUGAUUGAUCUGGUGAUUAUUUUGUUAAUUAUCUGGUUAAUUGUUUUGCCUAUAAAAAGUCAGAAAAUAGUGAAAAACGUCUGUUUACAUUUCCCAGAGCAUCUUUUAACCAAACAUCAGCCUAAAAGCUGAAUAUAUUCAAUUUAAAAUUAUUAAAAGAAAAACAGAAAAGCAGAAAAUCUUGACACGUGAGAAGCUGUAACCAGAGAAUAUUUAGCAUUUUUGCCUGAAGAAAUAACUCGAUUUAGAGCUGAAACAAUUAAUCGAUUAUCGUAAGAGUGAGUUUUCAACAUGAGAAUCUACCAUUGACCCAUCACUGUAUGACGUGAACGCAGCAUUAUACAUGAAGUGUGACAUGACCUGGUUUGUGUAAAACAUCUCGGCAUCAUCGACCAGCGACUGACAGAGAAACGAGAAGAUGUGAGAGCAGAGAUGCUCGCAGGAGAGUAAACGGUUGAAUGUACUGCAGUUACACCGUCGUGUGUUUACUGUAUCGUCACGCGGUUACUUCGGGCCAGAGAGAAAUUAAACUUCUGAGUUGUAUUUAUGAAGUUGAAGUGCAAUGGAAUAUAUAUAUAUAUUUUUUUGUAUUUAAUUAACUCGAUAUGUCAGUUUUUCUUUCCUUUUGAGUAUUUGUUUCCAUCUUAUGGUUUAAACUCGUCUCUGAAUGUUUAAUUUUUAGCAAUUACAUUGUAUAAAGAUCCAAUGUUUGCCUGGUAAUAAAAUAAAAAUGACUUUGGCAUGAA